GACAGUGAUUCCGAACAGAUCUAAAAUCAGAUCAUGGCAUACAAACUUUAUUAUUUUAAUAUUCGUGGAUUGGCUGAACCAAUUCGUUACCUCUUGAAGUAUGGUGGAACUGAGUUUGAAGAUGUCCGCAUUGAACGUGAAAAUUGGCCAGAUUUGAAAGACACGAUGCCAAUGAAGCAAAUGCCAGUCUUAGAAGUUGAUGGUAAAAAAUAUUUCCAAUCUAUCGCAAUCAGCCGCUUUUUGGCUACAAAUUAUGGACUUGCAGGAAAAGAUGCUUUUGAAAGUAUGGAAAUUGACAGUGUUGUGGACACAUUUAAUGACAUGAGAAUUAAAAUUACGCAAGCAUUUUUGGCACCAGAAGCUGAAAAAGAGGAAGCAAUGAAGAAAGUUUUGGAGGAAUCAGUUCCACUUUAUCUUAUGAAGCUCAACUCACUUGCUGAGGAAAAUGGUGGAUAUUUGGCUUGUAAUCGUCUUACAUGGGCUGACAUCUAUGUUGCUGCAAUGAGUGGAUUAAUUACUUUCAUUAGCAAAGGUCAAGAUUUAUUCGAAACAUAUCCAGCUAUUAAGAAAGUCAUUGAAAAUGUUGAGGCAAAUGAGAAUAUUAAAAAGUGGAUUGCUGAACGACCUGUUACUGCUUAUUAA